CCGAGCGCUGCCAGGGCCGAGCGCCGCGCCUGGACGGGGGAGCGCACCGCGGUCCGGCGGGGACCGCACUGCUCCGCGCCCCAGUGCCCGGCGCGACCCCCAUGAGAGGAGGGGGGACGGCGGCGUCCCUCCCCUGCGUUCUCUUGCCUGCCUGAGUACGGAGCGCUCCCCCCGCCCCCGAUGCGCCCUUAGUCCCGGCCCCGGACCCGCCUCCCUCGCUCCCCUCCCCGCCGGCGGCGGCGGCAGCAGCAGCGUCCAGGUGCGGACUUCAAACCCCAGCGCAAUGGCGUCCAAUGCGGCCGAGAGGGAGAUCCUCUUCACCGAGUUCCAGGGGGAUGCAAAGAGUCUUCUAGCCUCUGAGAAUGUAAGCACUGGCCAAAAGUUGGACUUCUCAGAUACAAUGGUACAGCAGAAGCUGGAUGAAAGAAAGGACCAAAUCAAGCGAGAAAUAAGGAAGGAACUUAAAAUCAAGGAAGGAGCAGAGAACCUCAGAAAGGUCACAACAGAUAAAAAGAACUUGGCUUAUGUGGACAACAUUUUGAAAAAAUCAAAUAAGAAGUUAGAAGACUUGCAUCAUAAGUUGCAGGAGUUAAAUGCACACAUUGUUGUAACAGAUCCAGAAGAUGUUGCAGAUUGUCCUAGAACUCCUGAUACUCCAAAUAGCGAUCCUCGUUUUCCUACUAACAACAGAUUGAUGGCCUUAAAGAAGCAAUUGGAUAUAGAACUGAAGGUAAAACAGGGAGCAGAAAACAUGAUACAGAUGUACUCAAAUGGCUCUUCAAAGGAUCGAAAACUUCUUGCCACAGCUCAACAGAUGCUCCAAGAUAGCAAGACAAAAAUAGAAGUCAUAAGGAUGCAGAUUCUUCAGGCAGUCCAGACCAAUGAAUUGGCCUUUGAUAAUGCAAAACCUGUGAUAAGCCCUCUUGAACUUCGAAUGGAAGAAUUACGACAUCAUUUCAGGAUAGAGUAUGCUGUAGCAGAAGGUGCAAAAAAUGUGAUGAAAUUACUUGGAUCUGGGAAAGUUACCGACAGGAAGGCACUUUCAGAAGCACAAGCAAGAUUUAAUGAGUCAAGCCAGAAGUUGGACCUCUUGAGGUAUUCACUGGAACAGAGAUUGAAUGAACUUCCCAAAAACCAUCCCAAAAGCAGUAUUAUUAUAGAGGAGCUUUCAUUGGUCUCUUCACCCACAUUAAGUCCUCGUCAAAGUGUAAUAUCUACUCAAAACCAGUACAGUACGCUGUCCAAACCAGCAGCUUUAACAGGUACCCUGGAAGUCAGACUAAUGGGCUGCCAAGAUAUCUUGGAAAACGUCCCUGGUCGAUCAAAAACUACAUCAGUUACGCUACCUGGUUGGAGUCCAAAUGAAGCCAGAUCAACUUUCAUGAGAACCAGUAAAAGCAAAACUGGGAGCAGUCGAAACCUCCUGAAGACUGAUGACUUGUCCAAUGAAGUCUGUGCUGUACUGAAGCUGGAUAACACUGUGGUUGGUCAAACUAGCUGGAAACCUAUUUCCAAUCAGUCAUGGGAUCAGAAAUUUACACUGGAACUAGACAGGUCACGUGAAUUAGAAAUCUCAGUUUACUGGCGUGACUGGAGAUCUUUGUGUGCAGUAAAGUUUCUGAGGUUGGAAGAUUUCCUGGACAACCAACGACAUGGCAUGUGUCUCUACCUGGAACCACAGGGCACUCUGUUUGCAGAGGUUACAUUUUUUAAUCCAGUUAUUGAAAGAAGACCAAAACUCCAGAGGCAGAAGAAAAUUUUUUCAAAACAGCAAGGCAAAACAUUUCUCAGAGCUCCUCAAAUGAAUAUUAAUAUUGCCACUUGGGGAAGGCUGGUAAGAAGAGCUAUUCCUACAGUAAAUCAUUCUGGCACCUUCAGCCCUCAAGCAUCAGUGACUGCUACUGGGCCAGUGGUUGAUGCACACAUUCCUGAACUAACACUGCCAGCCAGUGACUCUCCUGUAGCCAAAUUGGACUUUGAACAUGAACCUGAGCCUCCACCAGCUCCACCCCGUGCAUCUUCCCUUGGGGAAAUAUCUGAAUGCUCUUCAGAGAUCAAGGCUUCUGACAUACCAUCUCAGGAUGAAGUAACAGCUUUUGAUUUUGAAAAUGGCAAAAAUAGUAUUGUCCCAAAGCUCCAGCCUGAAAUAAUCUGUGAGCAUGACAGUCCUCAUUCAGACAUAAAAUACACCAACACCCGAGAGUCUGAAGAUAGAAGAACACAAGAAAGAUUUCAGUUCAGUUUGAAGGAUUUCCGAUGUUGUGCUGUAUUGGGCAGAGGACAUUUUGGAAAGGUGCUGUUGGCAGAGUACAAAAACACAAACGAGAUGUUUGCUAUUAAAGCCUUAAAGAAAGGAGAUAUUGUGGCUCGUGAUGAAGUAGACAGCUUGAUGUGUGAGAAGCGAAUAUUUGAAACUGUGAAUAGUGUGAGACAUCCCUUCCUGGUGAACCUCUUUGCUUGUUUCCAAACCAAAGAUCAUGUUUGCUUUGUAAUGGAAUAUGCUGCUGGUGGGGAUCUGAUGAUGCACAUUCAUACUGAUGUCUUCUCUGAACAAAGAGCAGUAUUCUAUGCUGCAUGUGUGGUUCUUGGACUUCAGUAUUUACAUGAACACAAAAUAGUAUAUAGGGAUUUGAAGCUGGAUAACUUAUUGCUGGACACAGAAGGCUUCGUGAAAAUUGCCGACUUUGGUCUUUGCAAAGAAGGAAUGGGAUUUGGAGACAGAACAAGUACAUUCUGUGGCACACCAGAAUUUCUGGCUCCAGAGGUGCUGACAGAAACUUCAUAUACGAGAGCUGUAGACUGGUGGGGUCUUGGUGUACUUAUCUAUGAGAUGCUCGUGGGUGAGUCUCCCUUCCCUGGAGAUGAUGAAGAAGAGGUGUUUGACAGUAUUGUAAAUGAUGAAGUAAGAUACCCACGAUUUCUGUCUACAGAAGCCAUCUCAAUAAUGAGGCGGCUGCUACGAAGAAAUCCAGACCGACGUCUUGGAGCUGGAGAAAAAGAUGCUGAGGAUGUCAAAAAGCAUCACUUCUUCAGGCUAAUAGAUUGGAAUGCUUUACUGGCCAAGAAAGUGAAGCCUCCUUUCGUACCCACCAUUAGAGGACGAGAAGAUGUUAGUAACUUUGAUGACGAAUUUACCUCCGAAGCACCUAUCCUCACUCCACCUCGGGAACCAAGGAUACUUUCAGAAGAAGAGCAGGAAAUGUUCAGAGAUUUUGAUUACAUUGCUGAUUGGUGUUAACUUCUAGACACUGUGAAACCCCAGCUGACUGGCUCACAAGAACGCCUCUCUCAGAAGGAUACCGACCCUUCAAUUGCUCUCUGUGCCACCUGUAGCUUCUGUUUUUUUAAAUCACAUGAAGAUCCUUUGAGUACUGUUUUAACACUCUUGUGAAGAGUGGCCUCUUUGUACAUUGUUUUUUUUUAAUCUGAGCACUGGAACACAGGUCUAUGGAGUUCUUACGCUGAGUUGGUGAACCCAGGCUGUAUUAAGCUUCCCACAUGGGCACGCAUGGAUCUGUACCGAUUCUCUCACUCCUCUACAGCAGAUAACAUCACUUUGUCGUAGAUCUGCCUUAAGUGGGAAAGCAGACUUUGAGCUAGGUAACUGUAUGUCUCUACUCAGCCACACUGCAAUAGAAGUUUGGGAUACUCGUGACACAGAACACGGUUCUAGCUGGAGAAGGCAAAUUAUUUCAGUUCAAUAUUACCUUGUGCAGUCUGCAAAACUACACCUUUCUAUGUACACGUUCAUCAUCUUAAAAUAAUGGUAUUGAGAACAGGUAUGCCUUGUUUUGUAAAUUUUCUAUGGUAUUUAUUAGGAGAAAUGUUCCACACCUUGCCUUUGAGAUAACAGCAGCGUAGGUGCUUCCAUUACAAACUAAAAACCCAGAAAAACCCAGAAAGUUUACCAAAGCCACUUGCCAAACAGUUUUGCCUUCAAGCUUUUAAAGCAUGGCUUAAAACCCUGGUCACUGUGGAGAAUGAAACAAGGAUGUUGCUCAGUCUAACCACACAGAGCAAAGCGUUUCCUGGGCCCAUCCACUUCUGUACUCGGACUCAUGCCUUUCCCACUCACUGAGUGGACAGAUAAGUUAGCCACGUAGUCUGUGUAACCACCUAGAUCAUCCUGUACCUGCUGUACAGUACCAUAUCACUGUUAGAAGACGUAGGGAUUUUCACUGUAUACAUGCUGUGAACAUGUAUAGCUGGAAGCUGUAAUGUAUUCUUAUGUCCAGGCAAGUAAUUUAAUGAUACCAUUUCAUUCACUUCACUUGGCCACAGAGCCAACAACAUAGAGCUCUGAGUGAAACAAGUAUUUGUAUGCAGAUAGGCCACUGAACUCCAGAACUUAGAUUGGCAGUUACUAAGGGUAAAAGCAAUAUGUUGUAACAGAAUGUAUAAAUAUUUUUGAUAAAAACAGUGUAUAUUUUAUAAACCCCUUAACACUAAAAGCUGUACCUCAAAAGCUGAAAAACAACGCAGACCAGACACUGUGCACACGUGUAAACCAAGAGCUGGUUUGGGCAUCUGGUGUUCUUUGGGCAAACACUGAUUCUUGGAGAAUAAAUAUCCCACGUGGGCCUUAGCUCUAGCACUGUUCAGAGCUGGUAUCUCAUCUCACAGGUUCAUCCUAGCCAGGUGUUUGCUGUUCGUGGGCUAAGACAGUGAGAAUUGGCACUCCAGUGAAAUCUGAACUUUUACUUAAAGCAGAAAUGCAAACCCCUCAAGUAUGCAGACGCUCAGGGGGUUGUUCAAAAUCAUGUUGCUGGACAGACCUGCAGGGUCAGGCAGGGGAUAGGCUUAGGGGCUCCAAAAAAGAAAGGAUUAAUAGGUCUGAAUCGGGCACGUACCCACCCCGCACUGGAACAAGGAAGGCAUCUGUACCAGCCCUACAAAUCAUGUUUGGCAGGGGGAGUCAACUUUUCAGCAUCAUUCACGUUCAGAUUGUAAUCUGUAAGAAACAUCAUAUUCCUCCAUCUAGCUGAAACCAAUACUUUUGAGGUACAGUCAGCUCACCCUUUUUGGUUCCCAAAUAUAUAUAUAUAUAUAAGCAUCUACCAAGGUGCUUAACACUUAUGAAAGUAUCCUCAAAAAUACCUUUUUGUAACUACAUCUUGUACAGAUUUUUUUUUUAAUCUAAAUAAAUCACUAAAAAUGGAAAAAAAAAAAAGAAUUAGAGGGCAGGGUAUGUUCACCCAAGUUAAGCUGAAAGAAAGCACUAAUUUUAUCUCUGUAGUUUUUAAACUAUUUUUAGGCAGAUUAAGAUUUUAAACCCUAGACUGUAAAUAUAUUUUGCUAUACUUUAUCUGUAUGUGGCUGCUCAAGCACUUUGUAAGGAAAUUAGGAUAUUUUAGAAUGGUACACUAUGCAUUAAAAUGAAAUGUGCCUUUAACAAAUGUCAUUCUAAGUGUUUUGCAGUCAUUAAUAUCACAAAUUAAAGUUUUAAAUAGAGUAAUUUGUAAA